AUGGCUGUCCCCUCAACUCAAAAGACGGCUCCUUCUGCCCAAAGACCCGGGAUUUCAAAUUCCUUUCGGUAUUCAGCUAUUGCAGUGCUCCCGGUCAUUCUAGGAUUGUUACUAGUGUUGCCAAAUGGGCUGAGGGAUACACUGUCCGGACUACUUCUAGCCUCGCCGGAACAUCCUUCUGUGAGGAUAAAGCAAGGAACCAUCGUAGGGCGCAUGGUCGAUGAUGGAACCUUUCCACAGCCACUUGAAGGGUUUAUGGGAAUCCCAUACGCCCUUCCACCAGUUGGCGACCGACGUUUCAGGCCUGCCGUGCCAGUUCCCGAGGGAAAUGGAACAUAUGAAGCAUAUUUCUUAGGCCCAAGAUGCCCAGGAAAACAGCUAGUGUCGUUUCUAGACGAUGAUGGUCUGGGUCCAGACACCGAGUCUGAGGACUGUCUUACAAUCAAUAUCUGGCGCCCCAAAGGCCACACCUCGUCAAAAUCAAAGCUCCCCGUGGGAGUUUUAAUUCCUGGUGGCGCAUUCAACAGAGGAGCUGCAAGGAUGCACAAUACUCAUUCGAUGCUGGCCUUCGCAGCGAAGCCGUUUCUUGCGGUCAGCAUACAGUAUCGCAUCGGCGUUUUUGGGGGACUAAACACUGAACUCACUUCCCGACAAAACUUGCUCAAUCUCGGUUUGAAGGAUAUGUAUGUUGCCCUCGAGUGGGUUCAAGGCAAUAUUGCAAUGUUCGGCGGGGAUCCCGAUGAUGUUACGAUUAUGGGACUCAGUGCCGCGGCACAUGGAAUUGGCCACCUUAUAAUGGAUGUGAAUCAGCCUAAAAAGCUCUAUCACAAAGCCAUCAUGGACAGCGGUGCUCAUAGUGCCAGAGCCAUCCAUCCCCCUUCAUCUGCUCUGAACCAGCAACAUUUUCGAGAGCUUCUGGACCUCACACCUUGCGCAAAAUAUAAAGAUUUGUUAGAUACAGAAAUCCUGAAAUGCUUGCGAAAUCUCCCUUCGGAGGUGGUGGAUACUGCUGGGAAGGAGGUAUUCGCUAGGUCUGAUCCCUCUGUUAGAUGGGCAUGGCAGCCUGUCCUAGAUGGCGAAAUCAUCUCACGAAGACCAUUAGAGGCAUGGAGAUCCGGUAAAUGGAAUAAAGUCCCCAUACUUACUGGGUCUGCGCACAACGAAGGAUCUUUCUACGUCCCUCGGCAUAGCAACGAUCCGAAGGACCUUGUCAAGUUCUUCAAAACAUUGCUGCCCCAUCUUACGGAAUCUGACCUUCGUGAGCUGGAACGCCUCUAUCCUGAUCCCUCAACUGAUCCCAAGUCUCCCUAUAGAGACGCACUUUCUAACCCUGAAGUUGGUGAUCAAUAUCGUCGUCUUGAAGCCGCUUAUGGGCAUUACGCAUACACCUGCCCUGUCCGCCAGACCGCGCACUGGGGAACCUAUCACUCGUCAUCUGAUCCUCCAGUAUUUAUCUACCACUGGGCAUUGAACAAGACUGCCACAUUUGGCGCAAAUCAUGGUGAUCAGAUGAGGUAUCAGACAUAUAAUAAGGAGGUGCGAAGUAUCUCACCUGCCCAAGAUGAGGUGUCCGGCAAGUUUCACGCUUAUUGUGUGAGUUUCAUACUGGAAGGAGACCCUUCAGCAAUCACCACUGGCAAAUUUGGCAACAGGGAAAUCUGGACACCUUGGGUCAAGAGCCAAGGAAAGACAAUGCUUUUAGGUCAAGACAAUGACGAGCGGGCGGGAGGAUCCAACCCUGGCGUUGCAGCGCAGCUAGUGAAUUACACUUGGGCAAACAAAGAAUGUGAGUUUUGGUGGCGGAUAUCAGAGAAGUCGGAAGAUUAG